AUGACGGGACUCUUUCUAGACGAUGACGAUGAGUCUGAAAAUGAAUCUUUUUUAAUUGAAAACGUACCAAAGAUAAAGAAACAAAGAUUGGAUGAAGAAUCAUCAACAGUGGCGGACUCGGAUCUCGAUUCACUCUCGGAUUCUGAUUUCGAAGAAGUGUAUCUUCAACCACCAGAAGCAAUUCAGCAAUUUGAUCAAGUCACUAAUCAAAUUACUAAUCAGGUUACUAAUCAAGUCACUAAUCAAGUCACUAAUCAAGUCACUAAUCAAGUCACUGAUCUUCAGGGUUCUAUAGAGGGAGAUCAACACCCAUAUACAACCACACAGAAUGAAUUCAACAUCACGUUGAACCCCAUUAACGACGAAGAAGAAAAGAAAAGAAAGGAGAAAAUUAAGCAGCUAGUUCGCGAGAAACGCCAACGAAUAUCUCUUCAAAAUUUAAGCGUUAUUUCUUAUAUGCUCAAUGCAAGACAUCGGAACAAAAUACUCUCCCAUCCAAAAGUUCUCAAAUGUCUAAAGAAAUUGUUACCAGAACUGUUUUUGAAACAUUACAAAAAAUUUAAGAAGCAGUCUGAGAAAAAACACUCUCAGAAUUCUUUUCAAAAUGGUGAUCAAUUACUAAUUUACUUGCUCAAAUAUCUCAUAAAAUGGUUUAGAAAAAAUUUCAAACAUGAUUCAAAUGGACUAAGAGUAUUGGGAUACCUUCCAAAAAGCUCAGAUUCUGUUGAUUAUGCAAAGUUUUUUCCAAACAAUGCAAAACCCAUUAGUGAUGUUACCGACAUGUGUCGAAUAAUUAGGAAGUUUCAGCACAAUCGGGAUACUGGUGCCCAGUUGUUUACUGCAUUGUUAAGGUCAUUGGGGUUUGAAGCUCGACUCAUAUAUUCGUUACCGUUGCUCGAUACAUCGAAACCUUUUAUCAAAUGGCAACCCAAAGUGAAACAGGAUAUUAUCAAAGUUAAUAAAGAUAAUGACUUAUUGUACCCGUAUUUCUGGACUGAGAUGAUCAACCCGCUUAACAAUUCCGAGGUGUUGGUCAUGGAGACGCAAUGCUUUAUGCAAGAAGAACGGCAAUUGAUCAGAUUACAGAGAUUUAAAGGAACUGACAAUCUGCAAAACAACUAUACAAAUAUAUAUUAUCCCAUUCAAAGUGAACUAUCUCAAAUGUCUAUGCAUUAUGUGCUUGCUUUUUCUAAUAAGAAUCAAAUUAUGGACGUUUCGUCUCGAUAUAUGGCCAACAUCUCGUAUAGAUGGUUUAGCAAAUUGGAUCUACGGACCGAAAGCGGUAAAUUGGCUUUGUUAAUGCAAUCGACAAUCAGAAUAUUAAACGGCAACACAUUUUACAGUAAACUAGAUAAUUUAGAGCUUGACGAACUCAGAAGACUUGCAUUGACCAAUUUCAAGGUCCCAGAAACUUUUUCAGCAAUGAAGAAAAGCCCGAAUUUUACUACAGAAUCAACUUUAAGAUACAACGAAGUUAUUGUACCUGGAAGCAAGAAAGUUAGCACCGUACGUUUAGAUGGAAAAAAGAAAGCUGUAUAUUUCAGAAAUGAUGUAAUUAUUGGCAAGUCAAUUAGGCAGUGGGAAUUUUUAGGAAGAUCUGUAAAACUGGACGAAGUUUCUUUGCCAACAAAAAGCGUUCUUGCAACUCCCAAAACACUUUACAACAGACGCAUAUAUCAUCAAAAUAUGAUGGAAAACCAACAACUCAAUUUUACCAAUCUAUAUUCUUUCAAUCAAACGUGUCCCUAUAUUAAACAAAAGAUAUCACCAGAUGGGAAAUUGCCUACUAACAAAUAUGGAAACAUUGAAAUUUAUCGACCUAAUAUGAUUCCAGAAGGUUGUACAUGGCUCAAACUAUCUGAUAUUGAAAAGCAUAUUUCCCAGAAAGGUCAAAGCUCGACCAAAUUCCAAUAUGUACCUGUCGUUGUUGGUUUUGCAUUCAAAUCAGGACAAGCUUAUCCCGUGAAAAAUGGCUUGCUUACCAGCAGCAUGUUAAAAAUAUGGCUUGUUUCAAAGCUUGGAAACUUUUUCUUAGACGGUUGA